CUCUGCUGUAGGAUCACGCGUGGUGAUAUAGGAGGAGAUAGAGCUGUUAUGGUAGCUGUACUGAAAUAGUCGCAGCAGCAGCGGCGGGUUGAGCGACAGCAUGGCUGACAGCUUGGACAAAGUCCCGGAUGUGGAGAUCGAUUCGGAGGGGAAGUUCAAGUACAUUUUAGUGAGAGUAAAAGUUAAAGGAGGGACGGAUCAUAAAGACAUAGUGAGAGGCACGAAGAGUGCUGAGUAUCACAACCAUAUUUUUGAAAAGGUCAACCCUGCUUUGGAGGCUCUUGGAGUGGAGUGUAGUGUCCUUGGGGGUGGCAAGAUAGAGCAUAACAACACAGAAAAGAAACUACGGGUGUUUGGAGAGUCUACAGGCUAUGGAAAAGCUGACCAUGCUGUCACAGUGGAGAAACUGAAAACUGUCUUCAAAGACUAUGAGAUCACCAUGGAAUAAAAAUGAAACCAUGGCCUUUCAGAUUCCAAUAGCCUAAAUGUCCUAAAUUAAUAAUAGUCUAUUUGUUUACCACACAGUUUUGACAAAUUUUGCUGUUUCUCUGACAAAAUCAUUAUGAUUUAACUUCAAUAAAGACACCAAAAAUAUUAA